UGCCUGUCACCCUUUCCAUGGAGUUUGGGCCAGGACGAGCAGCAGUGUUGACACAAAGAGCAAGCAUGGAUCAACAGCCCGCCAGACCAACAUGGAGCAGGCAGAUAGAGUUCACUCUGGCUGGCAUUGGAUGUGCCGUGGGCCUGGGCAACGUCUGGAGAUUCCCGUAUCUCUGCUACAGGAGUGGAGGAGGUGCCUUUCUGGUGCCAUACCUGCUCAUGCUGGUGGUGUUGGGGAUCCCUCUGCUCCACAUGGAGCUGACUGUGGGCCAGUACACAAGGAGAGGGCCUGUCCAUGCUCUGGCUACCGUCUGCCCGUUGUUAAAAGGAGUGGGCAUAGCAUCAGUGGCCAUCUCCUUCAUCAUGUGCACGUACUACAACAUUGUCAUCACCUGGGCCCUCUACUACCUCUUCAACUCCUUCCAGGACCCUCUCCCAUGGGAGCACUGCAACAACACCUGGAACACACCCAACUGCACCAAUCAUGCUACCAACAGCAGCUACACCUCCACCGCUAGCCAGCAGUUCUUCAAGUACAGGAUGCUGGAACAGACUAGUGGAGUAGAGGAAACAGGAGUGCUGCGCUGGGAGCUUUUCCUCAUCCUCAUCCUGGCCUGGAUCCUCAUUUACCUUUGCAUCUUUAAGGGUGUGAAAUCAACAGGCAAGGUGGUGUACUUCACUGCUCUGUUCCCGUAUGUUAUUCUGAUUUCCCUUCUGAUCAAUAACGCUCAGCUUCCUGGGGCAUUAGAAGGGAUAACCUUCUUCAUCGUGCCGGAAUGGGACAAGCUGCUCUCAGUGGAGGUGUGGGUGAAUGCUGCAGCUCAAAUCUUUAACUCCAUUGGGAUUGGAUUUGGCUCCCUCCUGGCCAUGUCAAGCUACAACUCCUUCAACAACAACAUAUUGAAGGACACGCUGACCAUAUCCAUCAUCAACUCCGUCACCAGUAUCCUGGCAGGCUUUGUCAUUUUCUCUGCAUUCGGAUACAUGUCUCAUCUGCAGGGCAUUCCUGUCAGCGACCUGGCAGUGGACGGCCCAGGACUGGUUUACGUUGUCUACCCACAAGCCUUUGCCAACAUGCCAGUGUCUCAGCUGUGGGCUGUGUUGUUCUUCUUCAUGCUGCUUUGCCUCGGACUGGACAGUGAGUUUGCAAUGGUUGAAGUGAUGGUGACCAGCCUCAUGGACCAAUACUAUCAACAUAUGAUUCGUAUUUUCAAGCGGAAGGAAUUCUUUGUUCUUGCAAUUUGUGGCGUAGCCUUUCUUUUCGGAAUUCCCUGCGUCAUGCAGGUGGGGAUCUAUGUCUUCCAGCUGUUGGACCAUUACACCGCCAUAGUGUCCAUCAUGUUUCUGGCCUUCUUUGAGGUUGUAGGCGUCUGCUGGUGUUAUGGUGUGAAGCGACUUUCAGCCAACCUGGAAGAGAUGACUGGAAAGACAGCAAACAUCUUCUUCAAAGCGUGCUGGCUAGUGGUUGCUCCCAUACUGGUCACUGUCAUCUUGAUUUUCUCCAUCAUCCAGUUCAAACCGGCUCGCUAUGAGGACUACGUCUUCCCUACCUGGGCUCAGGGAGUCGGCUGGAUUAUCGCCUUGGCCUCCAUCAUCUGGAUUCCUUUGGGUGCCAUUCACACAUUGUGGGUGCUACCUGGCUCCUUCAUGCAGAAGCUGAAGCUGUCCAUCACGCCAUACGCACUGGAUGAAAAGCCAAAAAUGGCAUAUUAUGAGAGGGGAGGGAAAAACGGACCAUCAACCGUAGCUGAAAUCAGCUCCGGCAUCCAGCUAUCUGGAAAACCUCCACUUGAAACAGAAUUCUGAUACCUCAGUGUUUCUGCACACCAUUCACACAGUGAUAGAUCACUGUUAAUCAUCAAUUCUCAAUCAGAUUUCUUGUCAUAAAAUUAAACUGGAUGUUACAUAAAUUGUUUACUUGAUCGCGAAAAUGUGUUGCUACAUGUCUGUUAUUCAGACAACUGGAAAGAUAUGAUUUUGUGUAUUUUCCUUUUGCUAAUUUUAAUACAAGGCAGUGUAUAGAAGCUUGUAUUGUUGUGUGCAUGUUUAUAUGUGGUACUUCCUGGUUGUGACAGAGCUCCAAAGGACAAGCGUGGACCUCACAGACGUUUGACAGCCCUCACUUAGACAUCACCUGGAUUAGACUGCCAUCUUUUGACCACAUCUGUGUUCAGACACUGCAUCAAGUAUUGUACUUACCUGAUCUAAGGCUACAAUUUUAACAAUUCUACUUCAGACCUGAACUUUUGCAUCCAACUUGCUCCCUUAAAAACAUAAAGCGCUGUCGAUUUAUUGUUGCUGACUCAUUUAUUAGGUCAAACGCAACAGGCAACUGCUGAUAAAAAUUAUAAAAGCUGGUAGAUGAGUACACGGGUCACGGAACUGUAUGUCGUGCAAGAUGUAAUAAAAACCUGUCACAAAGUCCACA